AUGGCUUUCUACAAAGUGAUCUGUUUGGCUGCUGUGCUGAUGCUGCUGACCCAAGAGUCUGAGUCGCAACUGGAUGUUUGCGGUCAGCCGAGUCUGAACACCAGGAUUGUAGGAGGACAGGACGCCCCUCCUGGCAGCUGGCCCUGGCAGGUCAGUCUGCAAGAUUCUGAUGGUCACUUCUGUGGAGGAUCCCUCAUUAACAAUCAGUGGGUGCUGUGUGCUGCUCACUGCUUUCAGAGUAUCAAUGCAAGCAGUGUGACUGUGUAUCUGGGCCGUCAGAGUCAACAGGAAUCCAACGCCAAUGAGGUGUGUCAGACAGUAACACAGGUCAUCAUCCAUCCCAACUACAACUCUAGUACCUUUGACAACGACAUCUCCCUCCUGAAGCUCUCCUCAUCAGUGAAUUUCACCAACUACAUUCGGCCCGUCUGCCUGGCAGCCUCAAACAGCACCUUCUACAACGGCACUAACACCUGGGUCACCGGCUGGGGCGAUACUGGAAGUGGAGUGUCCCAAAACCUGACAGAGGUGGCGGUUCCCAUUGUGGGAAACAGGCAGUGUAACUGUGACUAUGGAGUAGGAUCAAUCACUGACAACAUGGUCUGUGCCGGGUUAUCUGCAGGAGGAAAGGACUCCUGUCAGGGGGAUUCAGGAGGUCCAAUGGUGAGCAAGCAGAACGGUCGCUGGAUUCAGGCGGGAAUCGUAAGUUUUGGUUGUGCCUUUCCAAAUUUCCCAGGAGUGUACACCAGAGUAUCCCAGUACGAGACCUGGAUCAACAACCAGAUCACCUCCAAUCAGCCGGGAUUCAUCACAUUCACAUCCACUGGGACAGACAGUGACCUCAGUGUCUCCUGCUCAGGACUGCCACUAGUGACAACCCCCACUACAACCACCACUACAACCACCACUGCCGAGCCAACCACCACCCUUCCUCCUGUGGUCUGUGGACAAGCUCAGAGGAAUUCUCGCAUUUUGGGGGGGACUUCGGUGGUGACAGCCGGCUCAUGGCCAUGGAUGGUGGGUCUACAGAAGAAUGGAAGUCAUGUGUGUGGUGGGACUCUGGUGGCUGUGGAUUCAGUGCUGAGCAACGCCAACUGUUUCUCAAACUCCUCUGUAGUCUCUGAGUGGACUGUCGUGUUGGGUCGUCUAAAGCAAAAUGGAUCCAACCCCUUUGAGGUGACACUGAACGUGACAAAUAUCACUCUGAGCCACUCAAAUGGGACCAACAUAGCCAUUCUCCAUCUAUCAGCCAGGCCCACUCUGACCGACUACAUCCAGCCUAUCUGCUUGGACAACGGACGAACCUUCGCCGAGGGCUCGGUGUGCUGGUCAGCUGGCUGGAGUCCUGGAAGAGGAGGGGCUGAACAAGUUCUGCAGGAGUUUCAGACCUCAGUGGUAAAUUGUGGGAAUGCAUCAUCGAGUGAGAACAUCUGUACAGGAUCUUUUACUCUGGAGCAGGGCGAUUCUGGCGGCCCGCUGAUGUGUAAGCAGAACGGCUCUUGGUUCCAGGCAGCCGUGUUAACAGCUCAAAGCACCUCCGCCAGGAAAAGACGAGAGACUGGAGUUAUGAGCUUCACCAGAGUGAGCAGCUUUGAGACCUUCCUGACUGAGACAUUGGGGACGCUCUUGUCUCCAGUCUCCAUGACCAGCACCACCACUGCCAUCAAACCCACAACUCUCUUUCUGUAG